UUAAGUGUUACAGUCAAAAUUAUAAUAUUCAAGUGCAAUAGUUUCAACAAAUUUGUUCCCAACCGUACCAUUCACCUAUCUUUUUCCUCAAUGGCCGGAACAAGAAACAGUUGUUGUAAAUGGAAAGAAAUUUUAAGUAAAGAUUUGCCAAGAAAAUGCCUACCAAAUUGCUUUGAUCCAUUGCAUGGACCAUGCCCCGAUUACAAGAUCGUCGAUGUCGUCAAUCAACUGUCCAGCGAUGUGAAGGCCAUUCUUGAACCGGAACCGCCUGUUCGACGUCUAAUAGACAUCAAACCACUGAGUGCCAAGAAUAACGAAAUACCAGAAAAGCCGUGUACCCUCUGCGAUGCACAAAAUGCAACCCAUCCAAAUAAUUUUUGUUCCGCUGACUGCAGGCCACCGAGCACGUCGUUGCAUUUAAAUGAGUGGAUAAAACGGCCGCAAGCUAAGCCAAAUUAUAAGCACAGCGUUUUCCUGAAUAAUGAAUUAUUAGUUGGACGUAUUUUUCCCUGUAAGUUUCGUAUACGAAGAGUAAAGAAGAAUUGCAACGACUGUGGCAAGCAGCUGUAUUUACGUGAUCCCAUCACAGACAAUACAAAUGUGGUUGUGCUUAUGAACUGCUGCGAUGUUAAAGUCUACCACGAUCGAGUACUUCAGAACUGGCAUCGUGUACCCAUCCUUUCCAUAAGCGGUGAUAAUGCCAUGAAAAAGAAAACGAUAAACGAAAUAUGCCAACUGGAACCUAAAAAAAUUACUCCAGUUGUUCAAGUUAAACAGGAUAACACUAUAAAACUGCCGGAAAUAGUUUCGAAAAAGAAACGCAAGGGCAAAGACCAUGACGCUGAAUGCUGGAUUUAUUGGAUAAGUUUUUGGAAAACUGUUGGGGAGCACUUGCUUAGAUUCCCUAUCGCUAUUGUUCUGCGCAAGGCGUUGUAUUGCAGUUGA